UAAUUAACAAAAUCAAGUGGAAUCUUUUACUUUGAGAUCUUUUUUUUUUUUCAUCUUGUAAUUAUUGUUUAGAAUUUUGGGUUUUGUUUGGGAAAUGGAAGGAGGAGAGCGGAAAAAAGUAAUAAUACAGGGUGAGGAAGAAGGGACCGCUGAGCAAAUAGUUGAAGGUGAAGGACUUGGGGAGAAAAACGAAGAAGAGGAAGUGGACGACGAUGAUGAGGAAGAAGGAGAAGAACAAGAAGAAGAUAAUGAUGAUGGAGAAGAAGAACACAGGACUAAACUUGAUGAUGGGUUUUAUGAGAUUGAAGCUAUUCGUCGUAAAAGGGUUCGAAAGGGCGAGCUGCAGUAUCUCAUCAAAUGGCGCGGAUGGCCAGAAACUUCUAAUACAUGGGAGCCAUUGGAGAAUCUUCAGUCUUGCUGUGAUGUUAUAGAUGCAUUUGAGGAAAGCUUGCGUUCGGGGAAACACAACCGAAAGCGCAAACGCAAGUCUGGAGGUCCUCAAAUUCAGUCCAAGAAGAAGCAGCUACGCUCCUCUGCUUUUACAUCUAAUCUGACCAGUCUUGAGGUCGGUGAAGUUUAUAAGUCUCCCUCUGUUCCUCUUGAAAUUUCAGAUGCUGCAGGUUUUCUUGCUUCAGGUCCAACUGCAGUGCUAGCCCAUAAGGGAGAGAAUAACCGAAAUGCCAACAAUGUCAAAAAACGUAACAUUUUGAAGGAGAAUGGGUCUACAAGUGGUUCAAAGCAAAUUCAUGAAAGGAAGGAUGAAAAUGAUUACAAUACCAAACUCAGUGACCUAAAAGUCUCUUCCAAUGGGGUCAAUGCCGAUAAGCUUGCAAUACGGGUUCAAGAAAGAAACACUUCUGGAAAUGAUGGUCUCACUGAUGGGCUACGAAAUGUUGACGGAGUAGAAACAGUUAAGAGUGAUCGUCGAACAGGGGCUAAAAGAAGGAAGUCUGGUUCAGUGAAGAGGUUUAAACAAGAUAUAUCUUCCUAUAGAUCUAAUUUGACUCAAAAUGCAACACCAAACAUCCGUGUCGACUAUGAGACUACAGAUGCACAGAUGGGGAUUGAGAAUCUUUGUUUAACAGCUGAUGGUUUGAGUCAUACACACCUGAUGGAUAAUUCUGUAAAUAUACCUAUUAUAACAAAGAUUCUCAAGCCUGUAGGAUUUUCAGCUUCUGUAUCAGACAACAAUCAAGAUGUGUUGGUAACUUUCUUGGCAAUCAGAUCCGAUGGAAAAGAGGUUAUGGUGGACAACAAAUAUCUUAAAGCUAACAAUCCUCUUCUGUUGAUCAACUUCUAUGAGCAACAUCUUAAGCAUAGCCCUCCAUCUUGAUCUUUGAGGCUUAGAGUGUUGGUGUGGCUGGAGCCAACCACAUUCAUGUUGUUUGUAGACUGUGUUGUAUAGUUGCAUGACAUAGAACAUAAUAGAACAUGUGUUCAAUCAGAUAGAAUCAUCAUACCGUUAGUGUGCGUUAAUUGUAUAUUUAAUGUGGUUAGAAGUAGCAAACUUUUGUUUGGUAAAGUGAUGUAGAAAACUUUCCUGUAUAUAUUUGCGG